AAGCUCCGUCCUCGACCCGGAGGGCACGGUGACUAAGAUCAGCCUCCCAUUCGACCUGACCGAGAGCUCUGUCAUUACUGUCACCACCAUCGGCUUCUCUGCUCUCUUCUCAGGCAGCAUCGGGCAGGAUACCUUACGGAGCUGGCGGAAAACAACUUCCGCUUCAGACCUGUACGCGACAACCAAGGCAACCCCAUCAGUGUUGCUCAGAACAUGGAACCCACAAACGUCAUAGUAUCGCCCAACGGCCUGAUGGCGUAUGUGGCACUUCCGAGGAACAACGCUGUGGCCCGGAUCAACCUAGACACCAACUUAGUGUCAACCAUAUACCCUCUGGGUAACCGGUCGUGGAACAGCUACUACCUGGACCCCAGCGACUAUGAUUUAGGUGUGAACAUGAGGCGCUACAACGCGCACUCCACGUAUCAGGCCCGACAGGUGAGGUGGGUUGUACAGAACAACACAGAGUGGAUCAUCACUUUGGAUGCAGGUUUCGUCAACGAAAUUCCAGAGUACGAUUACGCCGACUGGCGACGCGGCAAGGAGCUUCUUGAACGAGGCGUGAUCGAAACAACAGACAGUAAUUUGCGGGCGCAGCUGGCUGACGAUACUCAACUUGGGCGUGCUGCCAUCAGUAUUGAAGACGGAAUAGUUUCCACGAGUCCCCUGAGAUUAGAAAACGUGUUCCUGUUUGGCGGGCGGGGCAUCUCCAUCAGAGACAGCAACACCUUCCAAGUGCGCACGACACUGGUGGACAACAUCGAGCGUGUGGCGGCCCAGACCCACCCAGAAAUCUUCAACGGAGGCUUCACCAAUCCCAGUCACUCUCCCCAGCAAGACCGAGAUGCUACCUCUCCUUUCUUGGGUCCUAACCUGUCGACCAUAGAAUCCGGCUACUACAACGGCAACAUUGUCAUGUUCGUGGGUUCGGCCACUGCUGGCAUCAUCUAUGUGUAUGUUCUGUCGCCUGACGCCAACUGCCCGCAGCCUUACUUCCACAGCGCCUUCCGUCUGGGCUCCACGUUCUCCUCUUGGACCUCCCUUACCAGCAGGGCACCAUCGGCGACAUCGGCAUAACUGACAUGUUGCUGAUCGAUGACCUGGACGUGUCGCCAACUCUGAUCGUGGCGUCAAGCAUCAGCAACAGCAUCUCCGCCCACGCCGUGCUGGAGGCCAAUGACGAGUUCAGAAAGUAAGUUCGUCAACACACGGACCAUCUCACGAGCCGUGCAGACGGCCACAGACUCUCGUCACCGAGUGCUGGUCAUAUCAAAAAUAGUUCCUUCUUCAAACAAUAUUUUGGUCUUCCUGGCUACAAUAAAUUGACCCGAUUUUCUUCUA